AUGGAAUUCGCGCAGGUCGUACACGCGCUGCAGCGGGCCGCCACGGUGCCGCUGGCGGUGGAGGUGCUACUCCAGUACAACAACCCUCUCUCGGAAAAGGAGGCAACGCAGCUGCGCAAGUUCCGGCACCUGCAGUGCGAGCAGCUCGAGGGAGGCCUAAAGGUCGAGGAGCCGUCCGAGGAGAUUGUGGAACUUUCACGCCGCCCUGGCAAGGGCCUCCACCCGCUGCAGGUUGUGCAGUGUGUACUGAGCGCGACGCGGCUUCCGUGCGUACGGCCGGAUCAGCAACGCCGGCUUCGCAAGGAGGUGCUGCCGCGGGUCUCUUCGACGACCCCGCUGUCGUUUGUGGAGUGGUGUACCGCCGUGCAGGUGGCCUUCCACACAUGCCUCCAGUGCUUCGACAGCUCACCCGCUGCGCUGCUGUGCGUCGAGGAGGUGCUGCGGCUGGCGGCCCCUGUCCUGCUGCACGCACCCCCGCCCCCGCCACUCUUCGCCGACACCGUGCAGCGCGCCUCGUGGCGCAAGAGCAGCGCAGCGCAACAGCAGCCCCGCAAGGACACAACCUUGCCACGGCUGAAGCAGUACACGGACGACGAGGGGCUGCAGCUCUUCCUGAGGGCGCUCGCAGCUCUCGUGCAGCGCUGCGCCGCCCUCCACGCGCGAAAGAAAAAGCACACGCUGAAGCAGCACCCCACCAACGAUGAGGCCUUCUUCACCCAUGCCCCCAUCCGCCAUCUGCGGCAGCUCAUGCAGAAGAACGCUAGUCACAACAUGGACGCGGUGUGCAAAGCCGUCAAGUCCCUGGCGCCGGCAGAGAUGAUCACCCUCACGCCCGUCUUCCAGGGCGGGGUAAUGCAGCUCUCGCUCAGCAAGGAUCAGCUCAGCUCCGCAGUCAAGGCGCACCCCCUCAUCACAUAUCACGUCCUCGGUGCGCGGCGUCCUGUGGCAGGCACGCUGAAGCUAGAAAACGUCGAUGUGGCACUGCAGUUCGUGCUGUACACGAUGGGUCUGGCAAGCACCCCACGCGACGCCUUCUUGGACUACGUUGCUGUGCUCGCCUCUGCGCCGACGGCAGACGUCGCCGCGUACAUGAAGGCGAAGGGCAAGGACGCCCUCGCCCAGUGGAUCACCCCCUUCAUCGUGAACGCCGACACACUGCUCCCCGAUGUCGAGCGCGUCAGCCCCAUCUACGCGCGGCUGAUGCAGCAGCUCUGCGCCGCCGCACCCGAGAUGCUGACAGUGCUGCAGCAGACGAUUGUGUAUGCCGUCGGCACCCGCUGCCGCACCCCACGUGAGAAAGAGGUGGCGAUGCGGCUGCUGUGUGACAUGCUGGAGGCGCUGCCUAGCGAGGUGCGCGCGCAGCUGGAGCCGACGGCUGACGUCAUGUCGAUGCUGAGCAGAGAGGUGGCGAUGCCGGCGGUGGAGUCGGCCGCGCAAGCCUUCCGACUCACCUCGGCACUGCGGCUGGAGGCGGCGAUGGAGGACGGGCUGAUGAGUGCGUUGAAGAACAGUCGCAAGGAGGCGGCGAUUCGCCGCGCCAUGCUCGUCCACCUCGAUGUGCAUCGUACGCCGGUCGACGUGGUGGAUGGCCUGCUCACGGAGCUGAUGAAGGACUGCGAGGAGGUGGUGGUGGUGCGUCCCGACGCGUACCUCGCCCUCCCCUUCGCCCUGGCGCGUGGCGACGUGGCCACGAUUGCGAAGGUGCACCCGCUGCUGAGCACCGCCGAGGUGCUGCGCCAGCUGGACGGCAACGUGUACGAGCAGGCCCGCGCCGCGCAGGUGGCGAUCGAGCUGGCGAACAGCGGCUACGGUGUCUCGCUAAUACAACUGCUGACGAGCUACCACGGGCUGGUGCGCCGCCCGCUGCUGGAGUACGUCAAGUCCGUCGCCUCCGAUGCGUCGCGUGCGACGUCUCUGUGGAGCUGCCUGACGCAGCACGUCUUUGGGCUUGAGUCGGCGGGCUCGACUCCCAUGAUUGUUGGCGAGACGGCCGCGCCGGUGCUCGUCGCGGUCGGCACCGCGCUGCUGCGGCACACCUCGCGCCUCUCCCUGUCCUCGGCUCUCAGCGAGCUUCUGCUGUGUGCCGGUCACGAUAACGUCCAGGGCGCCGACCCGUACUUCUACAAGGCUUCCAGCUGCCUGUUGCGCCGGUACCGCCGCGCGAGCCGUGCCGUGCUCGAGCGCCCGUUGCGUCAGACGCUCGCCUGCGGCGAUGGUCAGGAGCGCCUGCUCUCCCAGCAGGCAAAGGCCAUUACGCGGCAUCUCAUCGAGGCAAUGGACAAGGGCGUGGAGCAUCAGUCUAUCGCCGCAUGCCGUGCGGUGGUGUUGCUGCUCACGCAGACGAGUGCCGCGGCCUCGCGUGACGUCUUCGGCGCCAUCGCAGAGGCGGUGCAGGCGUCGAAGGAGUGGUUCAUGGCGCUGUCCGCCGAGGAUGCGGCGAUCGCCGCUGAGGACAUCGAGUUCAUGGACGCGUACGAGAAUCUCACGCUGCGCGAGCAGCAGCUGCUGAAGGUCUACCCGGACCGCCCCCCCAAGGGGAUGUCCGAGGACGACUUCAUCGACAUGAAGAAGAAGGAUGCAGUAGCGCUGGCGAAGGGGCGAGAGGCGCUGCGCGCCGCCGUGGGGAAGCGCAGCUGCGUCAUCAUGCCAGCCAUUCACCAGCACAAGUCCGUCUACCUUGCUCUUCGCCUGCUCGGCACGCACGGCCACUUCGACUUGGAGGCGCUGCCUAUCCUGUACGCGCCGCUCCAGGCGACCGUGACCGAGCUGCAUGUGCAGGGCAAGGCAACGCACGUGCUCGCGGUGCUGGCGACGGACGCGCUGACAGGCUUGCUGACACACACACCGUUCAGGUACAUGGCGGAGAACAUGGUGCGCACGGUCGCUCGUCUCACCCCGCUAAAGACGCUCGCGGUAGAGGAUGUCAGCCAGGUGUCGGCGAUGGCGCAUGCGCUGCGCCAGUCCCUCACUCAGAUGCUGCCAGCCCCGCUGUUCGUUGUUCUGAUGGCCUUCGCGCGCGUCGCGUUCAAGGCUGGACGCGGCGCCAACGCCGUCUCGACGACGAUCCCGGUGGCCACGCAGCAUCAGGUGCUCGGGAUGCUCAUGCAGAACCUCGGCCAGGUAAACCUGCCUGACCCAACAGCGGCGAUGGAGUUGCUGACGAGCAUCCUGCAGAGCUUCCCGUCACUGUACAAGAGUGUGCAGCAGGGCUUCUACACGCUCAUGUCGAUGGUGCCUGGCGAGCGACUGGCGGCAGUGGAGGCGGGGCUGUUCAACACCGUCGACUCUGUGCGCGACGUGACGGCUGCGGCCUUCGGUCGGUUUCCCCACUUCGACACGUGCCGCCGUGCGCUCGUGCUGGCCGACACCCUCGCAGACGAUCCGGCGUCGAACGUAUCAAAGCACGUGCGGAAGAUAAUGGAAGAUGCGGUGGCGAAGUACAACUUCGUGCUGCAGCCCUCCGACUGGGACGACCUUGUGUACUUCCUGCGCACCUACGGCGGCCGCAGCGAGGCGAGCGCGCUUCGUGUGACGGAGGCGAUGCACCGGCUCUUCGCGCGUCGCCCGACGACCGACGAAGGGACGCAGCUCAAGUGGGUGGAAGAUCUGAAGGCCCUUGGCGGGGCGCCGUCCGUGGUUUCGCUGGAAGGCCUGUCCUCUACCUACCUGGGCCGCGUGCCUGCCGUGGUGAUGGACUACCUCUGCCAGCUACUCGAGAACCCGCAGACGGGCGAGGCGCUUCUCCGGCAGACCCUCAAGGCCGGCCGCACCGUGCUCGUGGCGGCUGAACUGGCACUGCUAAAGAGCAUCUCGCCGCAGCUGCAGACGCGUCUGGCGAAGCCGCCCAAGGAUGUGACGCAGGCGCACAAGGAGCAGUACCUGGCCACUGCCACAGUGUGGCUCUCCAUCAUGAGCUGCCGCCUACAGGAGACGGCGCUGCUAGAAACCAUCAUUGAUCAGCAGAGCCGCACCCUCAACAACUCGCAAUCCGCCAUGGUGCACCGCUGCGUCUGCGAGUCGAUGGCGGAAAUCAGCCGCAACACGCAUAUCCGCGACUCGCCGAAGCUCGACGAGUUUGUGGAGAAGUGCCUCAAGCAGGCGAUCUAUUCCGGCUCCUACAUCAAGAAGAAGGCGCACGCGUGGGGCCUCGUCGGCGUCAUCAAGGGCUUGGGCCUGACGGCGCUGCGCCGCUACAACGUCAUGGGCAUUCUCCGCAAGUCCGCCCAGGAAAAGCAUGUGGAGCGGUCAGGCGUGAUGGUGCUGUUGGAGGUGCUGUGCAGCGAGAUGUCCCCCCUCUUCGAGCCGUACGCGCUGUCGAUGGCGACGGAGCUGUUGGAAGCCGUCGCGGAUGCCGACCCGAACAUCUCCGAGUGUGCCGAUGACGCCGCCAAGGAGUUGAUGGCGAAGCUGUCCGGCGUGGGUCUCCGCCAACUGAUCCCGCGCCUGGUGGAGGGGCUCGCCUCGGACUCGGCGAAGAAGCGAGUGCCGCCGCUGAACUUCAUCGGCUACGUCGCGUUCUGCUCCCCCAAGCAGCUUGCUGCUGCUCUGCCGGAGAUCAUGAAGCACAUACGCAGCUGUCUGUUCGACGUGAACAACGCCGUCUCCGUGGCGGCUUCGAACGCGCUGCGCCGAGUCGCCGGUGUCGUCUCGAACCCAGAGAUUCAGGAGCACGUCGAGCUGAUCCUGAACGCGAUGCGCUCACCCAGCACGGAGACAGAGUCGGCGCUUGAUGCGCUGCUCUACACGCGCUUUGUGAACAUGGUCGACCCCGCCUCCCUGGCCCUCAUCAUUCCGGUGCUCUCGCGCGGUCUUGGUGCUCAGGUGGCGCGCACGCGGCCCAAGGCGGCGCAGAUUGUGGCGGCAAUGGUCAGCCUCGUGAACGACCCGCGCGCGCUGCUACCCUACACAGAGGAGCUGGUGCGGCUGCUGGAGGAGGCCUCGCAGGACCCGUCGACGGAGGCGCGCACGACGGCGGCCAAGGCGAUUGCCGCGCUCGCCUCCGCCAUCGGCGGCAACCUCAUUGACGAGAUCUGCCAGUGGGCCUUCAGCGUCCUGCAGCGCGUUCAGUCUGGCACAAUCGAGAAGGCCGGCGCGGCGCAGGUGUUCGUCGAGGUGGUGAACGCGUGUGGGGCGGAGCUGCUGAAGCUGUACUUCCCGAAGAUCCAGACCGGCAUGACGGACGAGCGGCCACCAGUACGAGAGGGCUUCCUCUACAUUAUGGUGUACGCCCCGUCCACGCUGCGGACGGAGACCUUCCAGGACUUCUUGCCUAUUUCUCUGCCGUGGGUGCUCGAGGGCCUCUCGCACUUUUCCGACCGCGUGCGCGACGUGGCGCUGGCAGCGGGCGACAGCGUCGUCUCCCUCUAUGGCACGCGCAACUUGGAGCUCGUCCUGGGCCCGCUGCUGGACGGAGUAAGCAGCGAGGUGACGACGCUGCGGCAGAGCUCGCUGCAGCUCUCCGCAAAGCUCAUGCUUCACCUUGUGGCGCACAUUAGAAAGAAGAUGCGCAUUCAGGUGGCCAUGGCCGACGCGGACGCGGAAACGCGCGCCGAGCUGGCGAGCGCGAUGGACCCGACAAUGGUCGGCAACGAGGGCGACGUCGCAGCGGCGGCCGGCGAAGGUGGCGAGAACGGUGCCAUCCUCACGAUGGAGGCGGCGCGCGACGUGGAGAAGCGAGGUGUGUCGAUCCUGGGCUCCCUCGAGGAGAUGCUCGGCACGGACAACCUCGUCCGCAUGCUCUCGGCCAUCUUCUGCGGCCGCCACGAGCACAGCGCGAACGUGCGUACCGACGCGAACAUGGCGUGGCAGGCGUGUGUGGCGAGCAUACGCGCUGCUGUCAACAAGAUCUUUGACGCCCUGGCGCUGCUGCUCGUGCGCUUCGCGUCGUCUGAGAACCCGGACUGCGUGGAAGUGGCGGAGAAGACGAUGGAGUUCACGAUCCGCAUGAACGAAACCAUUGAGCGCUUCGUGGACACGUUCUGCAACAUGUACAAGUCGGACAACCGCCGUGUGAAGCUUGGCUCACUCGUGUGCCUCGGCACCGUCGUCCAGUUCGCGGACCCACGGCGGCUGGUGAGCAUGGGUGGCCAUAUCGUGGGAUGCGUGCUGCCGGGCAUGCAGGAGCACGACGCUGUGCAGGAGGCGGCCCGAGAGGUGUUUGCGCGCGUGUCGAAGCUGCUCGGCCCGCGCCUCAUCGAGAGCGCCGUGGAGGCGCAGCUCACGACGAGCGUGCGUGGUGUGGUGGAGGUGGUGAAGGUAAAGCCAGCGGUGGCUCUGGCGCUGGUCUUCAAGCACCUGAGCUCCCUGGAGACGCACACGAACCAGAACGUCGAGCUGCUCGACGCGAUCCUCGAUGUCGAGGAAGCCCAAGAAGAUAUGCGCCGUUACCACGACGACAUGGUGCGCCUGCUGCUCCAGUUCUGCGUGGAGGCGCUGGACGAUGCGCAGGAGCUCAUGCACAAGUACGUGAUGCUCGCCCCACGUGAGUUCGAGAUGAUACCGGUCGAGGCUUUCACGAAGGCAAUGAACGUCCCAGGGAGGCGCCAUGGCGCGCUGAUGGCAGCCGCAGCGUACGGCCUUGGAACGGACCUCGACAACGUCGACGGUAUCACCUCCGCCUUCCGUGCCCUCAUCGACGCCCUCGGCGACGACACCGAGGCCACACGCAGCUUCGCCGUCCGUGCAAUCCCGGAGCUGCUCAACACUCUCGAGGAACGCGUGCUGGACACGCUCGAGGACGAGGAGCGUGAAGACAUCAUGACGAGCAAGCGUGCGGCAGGCCGCUACCUGCUGCAGUUCCUCAACCCGUUCCAGACCACGCUGGUGGCCACAGCGCGCGCGUUCAUCAGUAGCAGCACCCCGGAGUUCACUGUGCUGGGCGAGGGCGAGCCGCGUCUCUUCGACGUGCUCAUGACUUUCUACAACCGCGGCCUUGACUACGGCACCCCGCAGCAGAAGGUCGAGGCGGUGGAGUGCAUUCAGGACCUCAUGCGCUUCGCCCCACGCGCGAUCAGCGCAGCAGCAGCCAACACGGUCGCCGGUCGCUGCUCCAAGGUGCUCUUCACGCGCAACGAGGGAUCCGUUGUGCUGGCGCUGGUGCGUCUGUGCCUGCAGCUCAUGAACUACCCGGCCAGCGGCAAGGAGAAAAUGGUGGAGGGCACGAUGGCACUCGCCAUGUUCAACGCCGCCCUGUGCGACUCGGGCGAGGCGCGUGUGCUGGCGCUGCACGUGGCGAUUCAGUUGCUGACGCGCUCGGAGAAGUACGCCGAUCUCAUCCUCGGCACGGUCGUGACCAAGAAGACGGCUGUCGACUCGACGCUGCUGCGCACGGUAAUGUGCCGCUUCAUCAGCGUGGUGCUACGCUACGCCAAGUUCACAAAGAAAUUUCCGCACAUUCCAAAACUGAUGGACUUGGUGCGUCCCAUGUGGGAGGCGCCGGAGUCUCCUGGGCUUGCGGCCGCCGCCGGCGUGGCCGUGGGUGCACUAUGCAUGUCCGAGAGCAUUACGGAGGACGUCGUCGGCGACAUCAAGGAGCGUGCGCUGUCCUGCACGAUGACGAAGGGGACGCAAGUGCUGGCUGGCUACGCCCUCGUCUACUCCCUCGUCAAGUGCGCGCCGCAGCGCACGGAUCAGGCCUUCCUCUCCGCCUCUGCCGAGCACCUGCGCUCGGCGGCCAGCUUCGGCGCCGCUGACAAGCUCACAUCCUUGUGGAUGCUGCGUGCGGCGGCUGCGGUGGCGGGUACCGGCUGUGUGCCGGCCGCCACCUUCAAGGUCGAGACCUUUGUGCCUGUGCUGCGUCGCGUAAACCAGGCGGACGAGCAGCUGAUGAGCAGUGCACAGUACUUCCGCGAGUGUGUGAUGGCUGCGUACCCGGCAGCGGCAAGCGCACUGGAGGGAAUGCCGGGCGAGUACAGCACGCAGUGGAACUCAAUCGGCGCCUUCGACGCCGAUCUCGAUGACGAGGUAGAGGCCGAUGUGACGCUGUAG